CAAUAGUCUCGCCCACGCCAAUUUUGAACCGGGAGUAUGAACCAAAAACAAAUAUUUUUGAUUUCACGAUAGAAAAAGUUACUUUGGCUCCAGAUGGGUUUACUCGUCAAUUAUCAACCGUUAAUGGACAAUAUCCUGGACCAACCAUAGAAGUUAACAAAGGAGAUCGUAUCGUGAUGAAAAUUAAUAAUAAAUUGGGAGAACCAACAGGUUCGAUGGAGUACCAUGGAUGGCUCAAUGCGUUAUACCAGACGAUUACGAAUUCACCUACAAUUUCACUGUCGCCGACCAAGUUGGCACUCAUUGGUACGGAAUAUGAUGAGGAAAUUAUUGUCAUGUUGAAUGAUUAUCAUCAUACCAAUGCACAAGUUUUAUUAAAACAAUUCUUAACUCCUGAAAGUAAAGGAGAAGAGGUAAGAAAGAUUGAUAUAAGUACAAAGGCCCCACCGGGUUCUAAAUGUGUGGACAAUGCCGGUCUUGCUAAAUUUGAAUUCGUUCAAAAUAAAAAAUAUCGCCUUCGUAUCAUUAAUACUAGCGCAUUUUCGGCAUUCUUCUUUUCUAUUGAUAAACAUGAAAUGGAAGUUAUAGAAGCAGACGGUGAAUAUACUAAGCGAAAUAAGAUCCAUCGUCUUCCCAUCAAUGUCGCCCAAAGAUAUUCUGUUAUUGUUACUGCAAACCAACCGGUCGAUAAUUAUAUAAUGCGUUCUGAAUUUCAAAAGAAAUGCAUGCCAGAUGCUGCAGCUAGUCUUCCUACUAUUAAAGCUAUAGUACAUUAUGAAGGAGGAGCCGAUGGUCCUGAACCAAAAGACAAUCCAUGGUCUGAUUCCUUGACAGAAUGCGUUGAUCUAGAUCACAAGACUUUACAACCACUUAAAGAAGAAAAGAUUCCCGAGCAAACGAAAAAAUUGGAACUCAAAAUUGCUUUUCAUAAGAAUACAACAGGAGUUGUUAAAGCUUUCCUUAAUGAAUCUUCCUAUAUACCCGAUAUAAAUUUUCCGAGUUUAGAUAAACUCUUUAAAGGGAAACCAAUUAACGAAACUAGUGCAAAUGCCUACUUUUUUGAUAAAGAUGGAGAAGUAGUUGAUAUUUAUUUCAUCAAUACCGACGAUGGCGACCAUCCGUUUCACAUUCAUGGAUACCAAUUUUGGGUACUUGGAACCGGAGAUGGAGACAAAGUUGAUGAAAAUGAUUUGAAUACACAUAAUCCAAUCAAGCGUGAUACUGCGACAGUACCUGCCUUAGGGUAA